CAACAUCACCAACAGCUUGGUCUGUGCGUGUGUGUGUGUAUGGGGGCAAAGCGGAGAGCGAGCGAGAGAGGCAGCGUGCGAGAGGCAGAGAGAGAGCGACACAGAGAGCGGCAGAGAGAGAGAGAGAGCAGGGAAGGGGGAGGCUCCAUAUUCUUUCACCUACCCCCCGUCAAACCACAGGAAGGAGGGGCCAGACCCUAAGCUGCCAAUCAAAUCCGCUCGUGGCAGCCGGCAUUAUCUCAGCAACAAACUAUUGACAGAUUACAUGUCAAGGAGUUUAGUGCAUGAUUGAAGGAAGCCUUUUUUUAUCUAGUUACUUUUCCGCUUUAUUUCCCCCUCAACCAACCAACAUUCGAAUGACUUUCUAACAGAGUUGAGUAAUAUUAUGAAAGUUACAUGUCUGAGAGGAUUUAACUUCGACUUCCCUGAAUAUGCUGAAAGGAGUUUAUGCACUGAAACGACCUCAGGAAAACCCAAGAUGGCCGCCAAAAGGAAAGGUGGCCUAAAACUUAAUGCUAUCUGUGCCAAGCUGAGCCGCCAGGUGGUGUUCGACAGCAGCUCCCAGAACGCGGAGGGAGACCAGAGCGUAGCAGAAAACAGCGAGCGUGGCAGUUCCCACUACGAUGACAGCGAGACCAACUUCCCUGAGAGCCUGAACCUAAAUCAGAGCCUAGAGGAGGACCAGAAGAGACGUGAGGCCAUCGAGAAGUGGGUCAACGGCGAGUACGGUGAUGAGCCACCGGCUCCUGACGACGAGCAGGAGCACGAACUGAAAGUCAGCAAUGACGAAGAUGGCCCUCCUGAGGGCGUGUACAUGGUGCAGCCCACGGGCUGCAGCGACGACGAAGACAACGCAGAGGAGGCCGAGCCCGCGGCAAGCUCUCAGGAUGGCAGUUACCAUGACGACAAAGAAGCUGAAGACAGGCCUCCAAAAGAUGACACCUACAUGCCACCAAGCGAGGCCCAGAGUCGCCAAGCACCUUUCUCCGCUACAGGAGAAGCAUCUGCCCUGCGAGACUAUGCAGCCAACACCAUGAAUGAAUUUUUGGGAAUGUUCGGUUAUGAUGACCAGCAGGUAAGGGAUGAGCUGACCAAGAAGAUCAGCUUUGAGAAGCUCAAAGCCGCUACCUCAGACCCCUCAUCCCUCAGCAGUGAGGAGGCCUCACGGCGCGCCCGCUUCUCCAAGUACGAAGAGUACAUUCGUAAGCUAAAAGCCGGUGAGACCCUCCCUUGGCCCAUGCAUGCUUCCCCACCCAAACCAGACGACCUCAACCCAAAACUGGCCCAAGACAAGAGCGCUACCAUGCUCCAGACCUCUGGGUGCCUCCCAGGGGCCGAGGCACAAAUCUACCCCCCAAGCCUGGACCACAAACAGCCAGGAGGACCUCAGCUGGGCACUUCUCAGCCACCAAAUCCCUCUCACAUCCAGAACAUGGCGUCCCGAGCCUCCAAGUAUGACUUCUUUAUUCAGAAGUUGAAGAUGGGUGAGAGUCUACAGCAGCAGAACGGUAACGCUUACAAGCGACCCUCCAAGUACGACCUGGAGAACGUCAAGUUUCUACACCUCUUCAAGCCUGGUGAGGGCAACCCCGACAUGGGCGGCGCCAUUGCCUUUAAGACUUGCAAAGUGGGCCGCCCAUCAAAGUAUGACAUCAGAGCGAUUCAGAAGCUAAUGCCAGGAAAUCCUGAGGCCUCACUGAUGCCCAAUGUCCUUGCAACAGCACCAGGGAACCCGGGAGCUCCUGGUGUCCCCACCGUGGGUGCAGCUGGGGCCAGCAUUGCUCCAGGGCUCACAAUGGACCAGACAGGACACAUAAGCUUCAACGCCUCUGACUACCUGAAGUCCAGCUUUUCCAAGACUGACUCCAUCACCACAGGAACCGUGUCCUCCGUUAAGAAUGGCCUGCCACCAGAUAAACCCGCCAGCGACGACAUCAACCUCUACCAGAAAUAUAUUGCCAGACACGAGGAAGUGACUGAUCUAAAAAGUCAGUCGUUCACACCGACGGAGACACAAACAUCAGGGGAGGGGAGGUAUCAUGCGUUUCAAUGGACACAGAACAAUGUCCCCCUAUUCUGGAUUCAUUUUGAGCCGACAGUAGAAAGGUUCUCUGGAAGUCAACACUGUGGACAUGUGCACUGUGCCUACCAGUACAGAGAGCAUUACCACUGCAUGGACCCUGAGUGUAACUACCAGGUGAGCAGGUUUACCAGUAAGCAGGAUGUAAUCAGGCACUACAACAUGCACAAGAAGAGGGACAACUCUCUGCAGCAUGGCUUCAUGCGCUUCAGCCCUCUGGACGACUGCAGUGUCUACUACCAUGGCUGCCACCUCAAUGGAAAAAGCACCCAUUACCACUGCAUGCAGGUGGGCUGCAGCAAGGUGUACACCAGCACCUCAGAUGUUAUGACCCAUGAAAACUUCCAUAAAAAGAAUGCCCAGCUGAUCAACGACGGCUUCCAGAGAUUUCGUGCCACCGAGGACUGUGGCACAGUUGGGUGUCAAUUCUACGGGCAGAAGACGACACACUUCCACUGCAGGCGCCCUGGAUGCACAUUCACCUUCAAGAACAAGUGUGACAUUGAGAAGCACAAGAGCUACCACAUCAAGGAUGAUGCCUAUGCCAAAGAUGGCUUCAAGAAGUUUUAUAAGUAUGAGGAGUGCAAGUACGAGGGCUGUGUGUACAGCAAAGCCACCAACCACUUCCACUGCAUUCGCUCAGGCUGUGGCUUCACCUUUACCUCCACCAGCCAGAUGACCUCCCACAAGCGCAAACACGAGCGCCGGCACAUCCGCUCCUCUGGCGUCAUGGGCCUCUCUACCACCUACCUGGCACCAAAGGAUGAGCCAGAGGAAUCGAGCAAUGAUGACCUGAUGGAUUUCUCAGCCAUCAGCAGCAAGAACUCCAGCCUGAGUGCCUCGCCUACGACCCAGCAGUCCACCACUGUAUCGCACCUGUUGGCCACGCCGACCACUGCUGUCUCCUCCUCCUCUACAUCAGGCCACACCCUCAAACCUACAUCCUCGCUGCCCAACGCGGGCCAGCGUAUGUCCAGCCUGCUGUCUCAGGCCCUGCCCAGCAACAUGCCCGUGGCCCUCGCUCUUUCCAACAGUGCCCUGGCCACCUCCAACCCAUUCUUCCCCCUCAUACCCAGGCUGCCUCUCCAACCCCCUCCGCCAGCCGCUAGCUUGAUAUCAGCCGCAUCCUCUGGGGCCCACUCUAUGCCCACCGACUCACUGACCCAAGGUUGCUCCACAGUGGGUGCAGAUGGAGCCAUGGCCUCUACCCCAACGUCCUUCGCCACCUCCUCCAUUAUGGAGAAGAUCUCAGCAAGCAAAGGUCUGAUAUCACCCAUGAUGGCCAGACUGGCAGCUGCUGCCCUGAAGCCUUCCAACAACCCAGAUGCAGGGAAUGGGCCGGCUCCAGCCAGCCAGUUCAAUCUGGUUCAAGUGAAGCAGGAGCCAAUGGACGCCAACUCUGGGGCCUCCCAGGACUCCACGCAGGAGCACAGCCUGGACCUGAGCAAGAAAGACCACAGUAAUGAAUCAAACGGACACCCUGUACCAGGGAAUACAUCUCUUUUAUCCUCGCUUAUGAAUAAGAUGUCACAGGUGAACCCUGCCCUGUUCAACGCCAUGAACCUGAAAACGGAGCUGGAGGCAGGCCAGGGCGGCAACACCUCGGAGGCAGCACAGUAUCUGAACAGAGUGCUGAAGAGGCCCCUGCCAGAAAAACCCACUGAGAUCUGGAGGACAUACCUCCGCAGGUUUGACACAGAUGACUUCUGUGAGGCUCAGUGUGACUUCCUUCAGAAAGUGCACUUUCACUGCCUGGUAGAGGACUGUGGCGCUCUCUUCAGCACGGUGGAUGGGGCCAUAAAACAUGCUAACUUCCACCUCCGAGCCACCUUGAAAGUGAAGUCGGAGCCUCAGUUCGGUGAGGGCAAGGACUCAGCUGAGGGGGCCUCACUGCAGCCUGCUGCCCCCGUCUCCAUGGCCAACAAUCCCUCUAUUGAUGUAGCACAACUCACCUCCUCCGGUGGCUACAGCUCUCCUCCUCCCUCCCUGCUGGCCUGGAAGCAGCUGACCGGCAGCAUCCCCCAGAUGCCCGCCUCGAUGCCCUCGAACCUGCCAGCCAAUUCCCCUCUGGCCACAACCUCUCUGGAGAAUGCUAAACCACAAGUCAAACCUGGUUUCCUGCAGUUCCAGGAAAAUGAUCCCUGUUUGGCUACUGACUGUAAGUACGCAAACAAGUUCCACUUCCACUGCUUGUUUGGGAACUGCAAGUACGUGUGCAAGACGUCUGGCAAGGCCGAGUCCCACUGUUUGGACCACAUCAACCCCAACAACAACCUGGUCAACGUCCGUGACCAGUUCUCCUACUACUCUCUCCAGUGUCUCUGUCCCAACCAGCACUGCGAGUUCAGAAUGAGGGGCCACUAUCACUGUCUGCGGCCUGGCUGCUUCUUUGUCACUAACAUCACCACUAAGCUGCCGUGGCACGUCAAGAAGCACGAGAAGGCGGAACGCCGCGCGGCCAAUGGCUUCAAGUAUUUCACCAAGAGGGAGGAGUGUGGGAGGCUGGGUUGUAAAUAUAACCAAGUCAACAGCCACUUCCACUGCAUCCGCGAGGGUUGCCAGUUCUCUUUCCUGCUCAAACACCAGAUGACCUCACACGCACGCAAACACAUGAGGCGGAUGCUGGGGAAGAACUUUGAUAGAGUCCCAUCCCAGGUGAUGCCGCUCGGUCAGAGGGCAGAUGGAUCCGGCAUGAUGCCCGGGCCUGUAGGGACCCAUCAUGGUGUUAACUCCGGCUUCUCCACCGGCCUCAUGGAUGAGACCGAUGAUUACAUGGACUACAUGGGAGGAGGGGGCAGCCCCUUGGGCCUCUCCUCCGAGUCCUCCAACCAGGACCGGAGCUGCACCAGCACGCCUGUAGGCCACGAUGGCUCCCCAGCAGGACAAGGCUGCCCCGCCACCACUUCUGCUCCUACCACCCCUGCUGACACUAGCGCUACCCAAAACGCACCUCCUUCUUCCCCUCCUCCUCCACCGCCACCACCACCUCCUCCUCUCUCUGCUCCUCAGCCUGGCUUCCACUCCCAGGCCCCAUCCCUGUCUCCCGCUCUCCUCCGACCUCCUCUCUCCUCACUCCCAUACCUCCUCUCUCCAUCCUGUCUGUCAUACUCUCUGCUCAGCGCCUCUCUGGGAGCCACUCGGAGUGUUGUCAUGCCAACCAACACACCAGCUUUCAGCCCCAUCAUUGCCACUCCGUCUCCGGUUAAAAAUGACGUCCCUAUAGUGCAGGAUGCUGCAGGCAACACCAUCUCCAUUCCCACAGCCACUGGUGCAAAGAAGCGCUUCUGGAUCAUCGAGGACAUGUCGCCAUACGGCAAGCGCCGCAAGACCGCAUCAUCGCGCAAGAUGCUAGAUGAGGGGAUGAUGCUGGAGGGCUUCCGGCGCUAUGACCUCUACGAGAACUGCAAGGACUCAGGCUGCCAGUUUUCUCUCAAAGUGACCCACUACCACUGCACACGCGAGAACUGCGGCUACAAGUUCUGCGGCCGCACCCACAUGUACAAGCACGCGCAGCACCACGACCGCGUGGACAACCUGGUCCUGGACGACUUCAAGCGCUUCAAAUCCUCACUCAGCUGCAACUUCACUGACUGCCAGUUUUCAGGCAACAGCACCCACUUCCACUGUCUACGCUGCGGCUUCCGCUGCACCGACAGCACCAAGGUGACGGCCCACCGCAAGCACCAUGGCAAGCAAGAUGUGAUCAGCGCCGCCGGCUUCUGCCAGUUCAGCUCCAGUGUCGAUUGUGAGGUUCACGACUGCAAAUAUAAGCUCAAGUGCUCGCACUUCCACUGCACCUUCCCAGAGUGUAAGCACACGGUGGUGGGCAUGUCCCAGAUGGACUCCCACAAGAGAAAGCACGAGAAGCAGGAGCGGGGCGAGCUGCCGUCUGUGUCGCCCAAACAGGAACAGGUGCACCACCUUGGAGGAAGUGUGUCUGCGGUCCCUCCAGCCUCCAUGGGUCAUUCUACUUCUUCACCUAGCGGCCUCCACGGUUUGUCACGCAGCAUUAACAGCAGCGCGCCCUCCAUGGUCUACCCAACAGGCGGCAUCGGGUCCGAGUACAACCACCUGUACCCGCCGUCCUCCAUCAGCCUGGACGGCUCCCUCAACCUGGGCACCGACACCAGCAGCUCCCUGUUCUUCCUGAAGAACGCAGCCGGUCUGGGCCUCAGCGACUCACUGGACCUCAGCAAGAAAAUGCACCACGAGGCGGCGCGACCCGCCCACAACCCCACGCCCCCGCUGGGUCUGCCGGCAGCCCAGGAUGACACCACGGGAACAUCCGGAGAGGCUGAAGAUGACCUGUCGCCAGAGGAGGAGGCGCACGCAGAGGAGGAGGAGGAAGAAGAAGAGGAGGAGGAAGAGGAGGAGGCAGAGGAGGAGCUCAACACUGACUCAAAUGAUGAUUCAAUGGCGGAGCCUGACGGCGAGAAGGACAAUGGCGAGAGUUUUGAUGCUUCCGUUAACCACACUGAUACUUCCCGACUGGAAAAUCAAGACGUUGACCCAUAAAAUAAAAAAAACUCCCAGUGACUGUAGGAACUGAAGAAAUACUCUGUGUACUAUGAACAAACAAAAAUGAAAGUGGCCUCAUUUAUCAUGUUUAGAGACUUCAGAUGACAACAACAAAACAACAACAGCGUGGAGAAAAAUGACGGCCCGAAAUGAUUUAUUAUGAUGUUUACAAGAUGACCAACAUUAUUAAUUCAAUUAUGCAUUAAAAAAAUAUGAACGGAGACACACAGAAUUAGGCCCUGGUUUACACAUGGGGCAGCAAUGUAAAGCAUUUUACUACACAUCAGUCUUUUUGUGUGUGCGUGCAUGUUUGACUUUAAUUUAUUUUCAUUUUUUUCACUUUUUUGUGUGUGGAUAAAAAAAUGGAAAAAAGAAAAAAAAAAACGUCAGAAAAACAAAAACAAAUCUCUCUAUAUAACUAUAUAUGUAAGUGUGUGUGUGUGUGUGAACGAUGAUAUACAAAAGGAAAUUGCUGGCACAGGCGACAUGAACUGCAGGGCCGUGGAUACAUAGUAAAAGGGAUGUGAAUCACUAAGGGGAAA